CCUGUAUUUUGUGUAAAUGGGCAAGGUUUCAAAUGGGUUGGGCCUACGGAACUUAACCGUGUUUAUGUUGUCAUCUUAUUGGGCUUAUGUAUAGCUGUACAUACAGCUUAAAUCUGUUUACAUUUGCUUCAUUAUCAACCUGCAUUGGGCCCUAUUAUUCAGACUCAUCCACGGGUCUAUUUUUCUGCUCAUUUAAUAUUUCUUUGAUUAUCUUAAUUUAAAAUCACGUCGUAUGAAUUCUGUGUCAGUCACAUUGUCUUUGUUGUGGUUGUACUCCGAAUUUCUGUAAAACCGUUACUGUAAAAUUCAAGUGAUUUAUUACGAUAAGCAAGCUUACAUGUCAUUUUCCUUCAGGAGGUCACGACUCACCGCUGCAAUGACAAUGUAUUAAGUUAAUUAACAACUCUAGAGCCAAUUCAAAGAUCUUAGUAAGAUCCAUAGACUUUUUGUAAAUAAUACUUGUGUAUAAAAAAUAAAUCCAGAUAUACGUUCUUAGACCACUUCUAAGAUGUAAGAAUGUAAUCAUAUUAAACUACUCAUUUACUAGAACUCUAUGAAGAUACGCAAUCCUUUUUUUUUUUUUUUUCCCUCUUAGUACUAAUACGGUUCUUAUAAUGAGUGUCUAUAGACGCUUGUUUUAAAAAAACUACAGUAGUUUUAAUGAGACAUUGAUAUAUAUACCUCUGCUGUUUUAAUAAGGUCUCAAAAACGACGAUUUUUAUUGUUCAAUUAAUUGUAUGAAUUAAAAAAAGUUUAUAUCGCUUUGGUCCUGAGACUCACGUCUAAUGGCAAUGAAUUGUUUAUCCACCAAAAAAUAAUAUUUCAAUCCAGCAAAUACAUAGGUGGCGAAUGACAAUUAUAUUUUACUAAGUGUUGAACUUUAUUAGGAACUCCCUUUCUACGUAGUAGUUUCAACUAUAUAAUAUGACCAAUAUAUAUCCAGUCCAUCAGCUAAGGCAAAGCAAAGAUAAGAAAUCAUAAAUACAGUGUUAGCAACUUUAACAAAAAGUAAAGUUAAGUAACAAAUAAUGGAGAUAUCUUGGAUACUCUCAUUUUUACUGUUGAUUAUUUCCCUCACCAUAUUUUUGAAGCUUUUCAAGAAACAAAAAACACCUACAAACUUACCUCCAGGUCCUCCAAAGUUACCCUUAAUAGGCAACCUCCAUCAACUUGCAUCCAAGAACACCCUCCCACACCGCCGUCUAGCCGAGCUAGCGGCAGUGUAUGGCCCUAUCAUGCACCUUAAGCUAGGAGAAGUUUCGACCGUUGUAAUAUCAUCACCCGGGAUGGCGAGGGAGGCGCUGAAAACUCAUGAUGCGGUGCUUUGUGAUAGGCCAAAGUUGUUGAUGCCCCAAGUUGUGUUCUACAAAAGCACUGAUAUUGCACUAGCCCCUUAUGGUGAGUACUGGCGCCAAGUCCGUAAGAUCGCAACCCUCGAGCUCUUUACUGCCCGCCGUGUUCAAGGGUUUCGAUGCUUUAGAGAAGAUGGGGUCAUGGAUUUCAUCAAGUCGUUACUUCCUGAGGCGGAGGCUGGGUCUGUGAUCAACCUCACUAGUAAAAUAUUUGCCCUCAGCUUCGACAUCACCUUAAGGUUAGCUUUGAAUAAGAAAGCAGAUGACGGAGAAGAAUUCAGAAAGCUAGUAGCAGAUAUGGCAGCAUUACUCUCCGGCUUUUCGAUCGGUGACUUAUAUCCAUCGAUUGAGUUCAUAAGUGUGGUUUCUGGUAUGAAAAGGAAACUUCAAGAUAUUGUUAAGAGAGUUGACAAGAUAAUGGAUCCCAUUAUAGAGGAGCAUUUGUGUAACAAGAGACUAGGUCAAAACGAGGGUGACGAAGACAUUGUUGAUAUUCUACUACAAUUUCAUAAUGAUAAUUUACAACAUCAUACAAAUGAAUUUUCGCUCACCACUGAUAAUAUCAAGGCUAUCAUUAUUGAGGUGUUUAGUGCUGGAGGAGAGACAUCAUCUACGACAAUAGAUUGGGCAAUGUCCGAGUUGUUAAAGAACCCUAGAGUAAUGGAAAAGGCACAAAAUGAGGUGAGACGAGUUUUUCAAGGAAAAAAAAUAAUGAUCGACGAGGCAAGUCUAGACAAACUCGUGUACAUGAAACUUGUAAUCAAAGAAACGUUAAGGCUUCAUCCUCCUGUCCCUUUCUUGGUUCCUAGGGAAUCCAUGGAGAGAUGUGAAAUUAAUGGUUAUGAAAUACCUCCAAACACUAGAGUUUUCGUCAAUGCAUGGGCUAUUGGAAGAGAUCCCGAAUAUUGGCAAGACCCUGAAGUGUUUAGUCCCGAAAGAUUUGAAGAUUCACCGAUAAACUACAGGGGAACUUAUUAUGAAUUAAUUCCAUUUGGCGCGGGAAGGAGAAUGUGCCCUGGAAUGGGACUAGGGUUAGCCACCGUUGAGCUUGUGUUAGCUAUGUUGCUUUACCAUUUUGAUUGGAAGUUACCUCAUGGGGAAAGACCUCAAGGUCUUAACAUGGAUGAGACCUUUGGCAUUGUAGGGAGGAGGAAAAAUGAUUUGGAACUUAUUCCUGUGCUUUACUCCUUAGGUUUCAAAUAAUAUAAUGUAUGGUCUUCUUUCAAGCAGAUGAAAGUUGCCAUUUAUAUGACUGGUAAUUUAAUUUGUAUUUGUAAAUAUGUUUUGUAUGGUGCAUGGAACGAACAUAUUGGGUAUCAUUAAUAAAAUCAUCAAUCAAAACUAAAAAGUGGUUAGAGGA